CUGGCAGCUGCGAUCCAGCAUAAUCCUGCAUACGAAGGCAUUUCCACCGUUUCACAGUGCUGCCCCAAAGAGUUCGCAGUUAAGUUAAGAAAGUGUUUGCAAGAUGUUGGGCGGUCCAUCGUUCAAGAAUCUGACGAGCCCGGAUUUCGGUACUCCGCCGAAAGAACAGAAUGUCCUUCUGCAGCAGUUGGGAUACCCGCAGGUGGCCAGUUUCAAUUACAUGCUGAGCACUGGACUGGAUCUGGCCAUAAAGGAUUUGAGGCCGUUGGAUAUUGUGGCAAAUGGGGUGAAAGUGAAGGUGUCGAUUGGCAAAGCCAAAAUAUUUGCACCCUCUGUGUCACAGAACUCUAUGAAUGUGACUGUGAAGAGUGUAUAUCCUAAUGCGUGUCGUCAGGCCAGAUCCACAUACAAGGGACCGAUGCUUGUGUCUCUUGAUUGGUCAGUCAAUGGGGCUGCACAGGAACCGUUGGAGGUGAACAUGGGCGAGGUUCCCAUCAUGUUGAAGUCAAAUCGGUGUCAUCUGAAUAUGAUGAACCCGAAGCAGUUGAUCGAGAGCGGCGAGCACGAGCAAGAAUGGGGCGGGUACUUUGUGACGAAGGGGCUGGAGAAGUUGAUUCGUAUGAUGUCGCUGAUGAGGCGAAAUUACCCGAUCGGCAUCAAUCGUAGUUCGUUCACGAAACGCGGACCUCUCUUCUCCAGUCUGGGUGUUGUUAUCAGAUCCACCAAGUUGGAUCAAUCUGCUGUGCUGAAUAUCUUGCAUUUCUUGACCGAUGGCACCUGCAAAAUGAUGUUCCGCGAGAACAACAAGAACAUGUACCACGUACCGCUUAUCUUGCUUCUCAAGUGCAUAACCGAUGCCAACGAUAAGUACAUUUUCACCAGACUCAUGGAAGGAUACGAGGAUAACAGUUAUUACGCUGAGUGUGUGCAGAACAUGAUGAGGCUUUUGCACGAGGAAGGUUUGCAUUCGCAGGAUGACUGCAAGAAUUAUAUGGGACAGUUGUUCAGGCUGAAGCUGCGGCAAAUGCCGGCCCACUGGACGGAUCAUCAAAUCACCGAUUAUAUCAUGAAUGACAUGGUCUUGGUGCAUCUCGACAACAUGGACGACAAAUUCAAUAUGAUCGUGUUCAUGACGCAAAAACUGUAUUACGUGCAGUCGACGAACUUGGUGGAAAACGAGGAUCACUUGAUGUUGCAGGAGGUGCUGUUGGGAGGUCAUUUGUACAAUAUCAUUCUGAAGGAAAGCUUGAGAACGUAUAUGGUGAAUAUGGGGUUCAUGCUUAAACAGCUCCUAGCGAAAGAUUCAAGCAAUGUGAUGACGAGGGAAAUAUUGAGGAAGGCGUCGUAUCCUAAGGGAUUCGCGGCUGGCGUGGAGAUGAUCAUCCUGACCGGAAAUCUUUCGAUCAAUAACCACAGCGCCGUCGGCCAAAAUGUGGGAUUGAGCGUGACCGUUGAGAACAUCAACAGGAUCAGAUACAUGUCGCAUUUCAGGGCCGUCCAUCGCGGCGCUUCCUUCAUGAAGAUGCGAUCAACGCAGGUGCGACAAUUGACGCCUGAUGCAUGGGGAUUCUACUGUCCCGUCCACACGCCCGACGGCGCCCCCUGUGGUCUCUUGAAUCAUCUGACGACGAACUGCACCAUCACCGACAUGCCCGACCGAAAACUAGUGGCGAACAUCGCGAGAACGCUUGCUGAGCUGGGCAUGGUUCCCAUGAAGCAGUCCAAUGUCAUCGAGAAGAAAGAUUAUUUCGUGACGCAGUUGGACGGUCGCAUUCUCGGUUACGUAAAGAAGGCGGACUCGUCGGAGUUCGAGAAGAAGCUGAGGUUCCUCAAGAUCAAAGGGGAUAAGGUGCCCAAUACGCUGGAGAUUUGUAUGGUGCCGGAUAAGAAACGCGCUCCACAAUUUCCCGGGAUUUUCCUGUUCUCCGGUCCGGCGCGCAUGAUGCGACCUCUGCUCAAUUUGGCCACGAGCAACAUCGAAAUGGUGGGCACAUUCGAGCAGAACUACCUGGAUGUGAGCAUCAUACCAAGCGAGAUUUACCCUGGUGUCACCACGCACAUGGAGCUCUCGAAAACGGACUUUUUGUCGCACACGGCCAAGCUGAUCCCAAUGCCCGACUGCAAUCAGUCGCCCAGAAACAUGUACCAGUGUCAGAUGGCCAAGCAGACGAUGGGUACGCCAUGCCACAACUUCGAUCUGCAGAUCGACAAGAUCUAUAGGCUGCAGACGCCGGCCUCCCCGAUAUUCCGAACCACCCAUUACGACGACAUGGACAUCGACAGUUUUCCGAUGGGGACGAACGCCAUCGUCGCAGUCAUCAGUUACACCGGGUACGACAUGGAGGAUGCCAUGAUCAUAAACAAGGCGUCCAUCGAGAGGGGAUUCGCAAACGGGACGGUUUACAAAACCGAGAACAUCGAGCUGGCGGCGGAAUGCCAUCUUCAGAGGCCGCCCGAUCAGCUGGAGGAGUUCAUUGACGCGGAUGGACUUCCCUACGUCGGCCGUAGAGUAAACAAUCAGGAACCACUGUACUCGUACUACGACAACAACAAAUCCAAGUACGUGGUGAACAAGUUUUCCGGCGGAAGCGACAAAAUUUACGUGCACAAGGUGCGCAUAGUGCCUGGCAUGAAAAUGGCUAGAAUGGUGCGAAUCACUUACAGGAUUGAGAGAGCACCCAUGAUUGGUGACAAAUUCGCCAGUAGGGCAGGACAAAAGGGUAUCUGCUCCAGGCAGUAUCCAGUCGAAGAUUUACCAUUCACGGAAUCCGGUAUUUUCCCUGACAUUAUUUUCAAUCCUCACGGUUUCCCCUCCCGUAUGACAAUCGCCAUGAUGAUCGAGCUGAUGGCUGGCAAAUCCGGAGCCAUCCACGGCCUCGUCCACGACGCCACGCCCUUCAAGUUCAACGAGGAGGAGACUGCCAUCGACUACUUCGGACGCCUCCUCGAGGCUGGCGGUUACAAUUACUACGGUACGGAGUCGAUGUACUCGGGCAUCGAUGGACGCGAGAUGAAGGCGCAGAUCUUCUUCGGUGUGGUCCAUUACCAGAGGCUGCGGCACAUGGUCAGCGACAAGUGGCAGGUGAGGUCCACCGGUAUCGAAGAUGCCGUCACGCGACAACCGAUCCAGGGUAAGAAGAGGGGAGGUGGUAUCCGUUUCGGAGAGAUGGAACGCGACGCCCUCAUCAGUCACGGCACCUCCUACAUGCUGCAAGAUCGUCUCAUGAAUAGCUCAGAUAAAUCCAAGGUGUCGAUUUGCACGAAAUGCAAGAAUAUGCUGUCCGUAUUCCAUCCAGCGACGGAUAACGCUGCAGGUCCACCGAAAUUGGUGUGCGCCUUCUGCCAAACGAGCGACAACAUCAGCAGCGUGGAACUGCCGUACGUUUUCAAGCUGUUGGCCAUCCAAUUGGGAUCCUGCAAUAUCAAUCUGCAGCUGGACUGCAAGGAGGCGUGCACUUAAAAUAUAAAUUCUCUUUAUU